AUGAGGCAGGUAUCUGGAGUGGGGUUCCUCCUGGGGCUGAUGGCUCUCCCAGCGGCGCUGGGACAGAGAAGCUCGGGAAGCCCUAUAAAUAACACCCAACCUCAAAGUUUUGCCGUCGUCUCUUUCGAAUGGGAUCACGUCAAGGAGCCUUAUGUCAUUACACUCUGGAUACUUGUAGCCAGCUUGGCCAAAAUCGUUUUCCAAUUGUCCCACAAAGUCACUCGAGUGGUUCCAGAGAGUGCUCUGCUGAUUGUUCUUGGUCUCUUCCUUGGCGGAAUUGUAUGGGCAGCAGAUCACAUUGCCUCGUUCGCCCUUACACCAACUGUAUUUUUCUUCUAUCUGCUGCCCCCCAUUGUUUUGGAUGCUGGAUAUUUUAUGCCAAAUAGAUUGUUCUUUGGAAAUCUUGGUUCCAUCCUUUUGUAUGCUGUGAUUGGGACAGUCUGGAAUGCUGCCACAACUGGUUUAUCUCUGUAUGGUGUCUAUCAGACAGGAAUAAUGGGCCACCUGAAUACUGGACUGCUGGAUUUCCUCCUGUUUGGCAGCUUAAUUGCCGCUGUGGAUCCUGUAGCUGUUCUGGCAGUGUUUGAAGAAGUCCAUGUCAAUGAAAUUCUAUUCAUCAUUGUUUUCGGAGAAUCACUUCUGAAUGAUGCUGUAACUGUGGUGCUGUACAAUGUGUUUGAAUCUUUUGUUACAAUCGGUCCUGAGAAUGUGACGGGGAUUGAAUGUGUCAAAGGCAUAGUGUCAUUCUUUGUGGUGAGCCUGGGUGGGACACUCGUUGGCAUUUUCUUUGCCUUCCUGCUCUCAUUGGUCAGUCGUUUCACCAAGCAUGUGAGAAUCAUUGAACCUGGAUUUGUGUUUAUCAUUUCCUACCUGUCCUACCUCACAGCAGAGAUGCUUUCUCUUUCCGCUAUCCUUGCGAUAACCUUUUGUGGCAUCUGCUGUCAGAAAUAUGUCAAGGCUAACAUAUCUGAACAAUCUUCUACAACUGUAAGAUAUACCAUGAAAAUGAUGGCGAGCGGAGCAGAAACUAUUAUCUUCAUGUUCCUGGGAAUUUCGGCUGUAAAUCCAGACAUCUGGACUUGGAAUACAGCUUUUAUUCUAUUGACUCUGGUCUUUAUCUCAGUAUAUAGAGUUAUUGGUGUAGUUAUACAGACAUGGAUUCUUAACCACUACAGAAUGGUCCAGUUGGAGAUAAUAGACCAGGUGGUGAUGUCAUAUGGUGGACUACGUGGAGCGGUUGCUUUUGCUCUGGUUGCUCUUCUGGAUGGGGACAAAGUGAGAGAGAAAAACCUGUUUGUCAGCACAACUAUCGUUGUUGUGUUUUUUACUGUUAUUUUCCAGGGACUGACCAUCAAGCCUUUGGUACAGUGGCUGAAAGUGAAGAAAACUGAACACAGAGAGCCAAAACUGAAUGAGAAACUCCAUGGCAGAGCUUUUGAUCACAUUCUUUCUGCUAUAGAAGACAUUUCUGGACAAAUAGGACACAAUUAUCUGAGAGACAAGUGGUCCAAUUUUGAUAGGAAAUUCCUGAGUAAAGUACUGAUGAGAAGGUCUGCCCAAAAAUCAAGAGACCAGAUCCUUAACGUUUUCCAUGAACUCAACUUGAAGGACGCAAUUAGCUAUGUGGCUGAGGGAGAGCGUAGAGGUUCCUUGGCAUUUAUACGUUCUCCCAGUACAGACAACAUGGUAAAUGUUGAUUUCAGCACCCCACGCCCAAGUACUGUGGAAGGCUCUGUCUCUUAUUUACUGAGAGAAAAAGCUGGACCAGUUUGCCUUGACAUGCAAGCUUUAGAGCAGAGGAGGAAAAGCAUCCGGGACACAGAAGACACAGUCGCUCAUCACACCCUACAGCAGUACCUGUAUAAACCCAGGCAGGAGCACAAACACCUGUACAGUCGACAUGAGAUCAUGCACAGUGAAGAUGAGAAACAAGACAAGGAGAUUUUCCAUAGGACAAUGAGGAAGCGCUUAGAAUCUUUCAAGAGUACCAAACUCGGAAUAAACCAUUCCAAGAAGCUCAAUAAAAUCCACAAGCGAGACCGGGGCCAAAAAAGGCGAAACAGCAGUGUCAUACCAAAUGGAAAAAUAACUUCAGAAAAUCCAGUACAAGACUUUACUUUGAAAGAAAAAGAUUUGGAGUUUUCUGAACCAGAGGAAAACAAUGACUAUGAAACUUUGCAUCUGGGCAAAGGAGUUGAUUUCCUGGCUAAUGUGACGAAACAAAAUUUCACAGAUACUCCUUCUGGAAUUGAUAACCCAGUAUUUUCAGCUGAUGAUGGUCAAAGCAUCUACAUGAAGUUCUCACCAUGGUUAUCUAGUGAAGAUACUGUGGUACCAUCACAAAGGGCCCGAGUGCAGAUCCCAUAUUCUCCGAACAACUUCAGACGUCUCACUCCAUUCCGACUCAGCAAUAAAUCAAUAGAUUCCUUCCUGCUAGCAGAUGGCCCAGAUGACCGACCCAGAUCUUUCCUUCCAGAACCAACACAUAUGUAA